UAAAAUGUUUGAACAGCAGCUCUUUUGUUAAUACAACGGUUCUUUAAAAUACUUUAGAGGACGUGAUAGGCUACGUAAUGCUGAGACUGUUACAGUCUUUUAAAUCCACAUUGGCUUCUUACUGCUGGCAUAAUAAUGAAGAAUAAUGGAAAACACGGGUCUUAUUACAAAUCCCCGAGGGCACACCUUCAAUUUAGAUUCAAUUUCAUAGUUUCUCAUUCUUUGAGCGCAUUUCAUUCUUAAUCCUUCCCAUUAUUGAUAAGGCUGCCACAAAAAAACAGGCUUCACAUUUAGUAGAAACCCUUAUGGAGCUCAGCAGUAGCCUAUGUCUUCUUAAGUGUCUUGCCUCUGUAUUUUAAUGUGUAACAGCCAGUAUGGUCGUUUCUCUGGUAGGUAAACAAUACAGAGUUAGUUUUAAUAUGUUCUUAAAAUAGCACAGGCUAUUGGCAUGAGAUUAAUGUAUUGGGGAGUUACAAAAUGUUCAAUAAUUGUUGCCUUACUCAGUAACAACCAUCAGCAGAGAAAUGUAUAGGUUUAAAAUUUAUAAAUGUUAUUUUCUCAAAGUAGUCUAAGUCUGCUUGUGCAGUGGGUAAACUGGUAUAGAGUCAGACAAUGUAUUGUAAUCAUACACUUUAAACUAAUGGCAUGCCUUGCAUGGUACAACACAGAUUUCUGCAUAUUAAAUUGAACCAAUUAAGUUAUAGAUAUUAAAUAAUGGCAAUGAAACAAUCAAAUGACAUUCUAAAAAUAUCUGACCAAUUUAAUUAAUGUGUAUUAAAUGAGAUGAAGAGGUUCCCCACUGUUAGCUAAGAAUGGUAAGCCUAGCACUCAUCAGACUUUCAGGUUUAGUCCCCUGCUGUAUAAUACAUAUGUCUGAUUAAAUUUACAGGGUAUUGACCUCACAAAGUAAUCCCACCUCUAUCCAAAAGAUGUCAAACGUGUGACAUGGUUAUCCUCUUAAUUAUUAGCAAAGGCAGACUUGAUUUAAAAAGGAGGUAUCCAAAAUCUCAUUCAGUACUGCAUAUAAAUGGUUGAUGUGUAGAGCAGUUUGUGUCUCAUCAAGUAUCUCAGGCAAGUGAAUUGUCUCUUGGCUUGGUUGAAAGAAUGGGAAAUAGCAAAAGCAGAGGUCUGUCACGGGAUCUGCUGGAUGACUUGAAACGCAACACCAAGUACAGUGAGGAGGAGUUAUGUGCCUGGCACAACACCUUCCUUAAGGAGUGCCCAAGUGGCAGGAUCAGUAAAGAGCAGUUUGAAAGCAUCUAUGCCAGCUUCUUUCCAGAUGCUGACCCCAAAGCCUAUGCACAGCAUGUUUUCAGGAGUUUUGAUUCCAACAGCGAUGGAACACUGGACUUCAAGGAGUACAUAGUGGCACUCCACCUCACUUCAUCUGGGAAAACAAUGCAGAAGUUAGAGUGGGCCUUUGCACUGUAUGAUGUUGACAGAAAUGGCACUAUCAGCAAAAAUGAGAUCCAGGAAAUUGUCAAGUCAAUAUUCAAUAUGAUCUCCAAAGAAGACCAGAAGUACCUUCCAGAUGAUGAAAAUACACCAGAAAAGAGAACAGAGAAAAUUUGGGACUUUUUUGGAAAAAAAGAAAAUGAUAAAAUAACUGAAGGGGAGUUUAUUCAAGGAGUCAUGGGAAACAAGGACAUUCUCAGAUUGAUUCAGUUUGAUAAACCCCAGAAAGUUCAAGAAAGACUAAAGGAAAAAAAACAAUAGCUUUAAGAAAUAGUUUUUGUUUAGUAUUUAUAUUACUAUCCGUAUAUAUUUUCCUUAUAUACAGCUUCUGCUUGUGUGAAUUUUAUAUUUUUCAAAUUUGAGAAUUGAAAACCUUCUGGAAUUUGACUCAUUAAUAAUCCCAUUGUAUCAAACAAUCUUCUUAAGGUCAAAUCAGUCAGUGGGUCAUUGCUGGUCUGAGAUCAGUGCAUGCAUUCCUUUCAUUAUCAUUGGUCCACUUGUCCCAAGCUGCAGAUUGACGUAAUCCUUAUACGAUAGCAUACAUAUUCUCAGAGGCACUGUAGCCUUUCGCAUAGUCACUAUUAUAUUGUAACUACUAUUAAUGCUUGAUGCCAUGUUAGCUUCAUUAUAAAGCUGGACAUAUCUCUUUUUGUUCAGCCUUAGUACUAUAUUGUUUCUUACAAUGUAGAUAUUUCUACCUAGAUAGAAAAAAAAAUCAUACUGAAGAAUGUAAUAGAGCUCCAAUAAAACAUUAUUUUUCAUAUGAAUUUUCAAAUAAAAGGAGCUGAAAUACCAAAGGGAUCCAUUUUUUUCUGUGAAUUAAUGCUACAUCCCCUACAGUUCUUCAUUUGCCCCAGGCUGUACUUGCAAAUAACAUGACACUGACUUUACAAGACUGUAUAAAUUUGUUCUGGGAAACACUCAUGUUCAGAUGUACUGUUCAAACACCAGAACACUGUCACUGCCUGACAAUGCACAUGCUAAUCCCAAAUAUCCCAAGAGUGAUCUUUUUGGUGAAUUGAGUGGCUCUAGUUGCCCCUUGCAAUUAAUGUUUAACA